CACUCUGUAAUAAUUAAUCUUGUCUUUGACAUAUCUUAGGAAGGCGAGCGUUUUGGACAACAAUUCAACGUAUCAUUUCUCUUUGCCUAAAUUAUUAGAGAUUUAUUGUUUAUAACAAGGAUUAAGUAUUAAUUUAAAAAGGCGAACUAGAAAUUAAUCAAGAUGGCAGUGAAUGUGUACUCCACAAAUGUGACGUCGGAAAAUUUAUCAAGGCAUGAUAUGUUGGCGUGGGUGAACGACUGUCUUCAGUCGAACUUCGCCAAAAUCGAAGAGCUCUGCACGGGCGCCGCUUAUUGCCAGUUCAUGGAUAUGCUGUUCCCUGGCAGUGUACCAAUGAAAAGAAUUAAGUUCAAGACAAACUUAGAGCAUGAAUACAUACAGAACUUUAAAAUUCUUCAAGCCGCUUUCAAAAAAAUGUCUGUAGAUAAGAUAGUACCCAUUGACAGACUGGUGAAGGGUCGGUUUCAAGAUAACUUUGAGUUCUUGCAAUGGUUCAAGAAAUUUUUUGAUGCCAACUAUGGAGGCACGGAGUACGACGCGAUGGCACAGCGCGAAGGCCUGCCAAUGGGUCACGGAGCCCCGGGAGCUCCGCCUAGGGCUGUUCCCGCUGCCGUUAAGAAACCGACAGCUCCUGUCGCUAAAGUCGCUGCCAGACCCCAAACCAUUGGGAAGGCAAAUAGCACAGUGAGGUCACCGCCAAUGAAUCCAUCGAGAUUAACUCAAAGUGGUAAAGGAGAUUCUAAAGUAAUAGAUGACCUAAAUCAUCAGAUAAAUGAAUUAAAAGCAACUGUUGACGGAUUAGAAAAGGAAAGAGAUUUUUACUUUGGUAAGCUUCGGGAUAUAGAAGUAAUCUGUCAAGAGAUGGAGGACCAGCAUAAUGCCCCAAUAGUUCCAAAGAUAUUGGACAUUUUAUAUGCAACUGAGGACGGAUUCGCGCCACCGGAGGAGGAAGACGGUGACAACCCUCACCCGCCUGAAGAGGACGAAUAUUGAAGAAUUAAUAUCAACGCGUAUCAUAGUGCUCUUUGUAUAUUAUAACUCGAAAUUUUAACGCUUACAAUCAUCGACAGCAUAGUGCUUAGUAUUUCACAGCCAAUGAGUCGGUAUAUAUAUAUAUAUAUAUAUUAUGUAAGAUAAGUUAUAUUAGGACAGUGGCCCAAAACGGCUCAGACAAGUUCCUACAAUAUUCUAAUGACAUAAAAAUUUUUCAAUGUUAAAUGGAUUUGAAGGUUUAUAUCUGUGUAUAUAUGUUAACCAAUAAAUAAACAGCAGUACACAUGGCUGUGUCAUACUUGAGUGCAUUCCUUUAUUUAUUAGGAGCAUUGUUUCUCGACUGAAUUUAUUUCUUAUCCCGUUUAGUUAUUCACCUGCUUUUAUUUUGUGAAAUAGUUUCUUUCAACUUAAGUUUCGUCUUACAUGGAUAGGGUUUAAAUGUGCAAUGUGGUGCAAAAUGCGUGCUUUUAUGUAAUGAUCUUAAACUGAACAAGAUUUUUGGGCCACUGACGCCUGUAAACGUGCAUUUAAUAGGUUGUUAUAAAUGAAAGAGAUUUACUGUUACUUGUUUAAUUGUGUUUUAUAGUGUCAAAAUUUUCCCAAAUUUGGUCCUAAAUUCUUAUACAGCUCUUAGAGUCGAUGUAAAUUAGAUCUGAAUACAUUUUUAACGUUAUUUUACGAAAAUUUGGUAGUCUAUUUUGAAAUUAGUAUAUAUUAUAUUGUAUAUCUUAGAUGAGAAAGUUCGCAUGACCGCAUAUAAGAUUAUUAAAACGGGAGACUACCAAUUAUGUGCACUACUGUUAUCGAACAAUAGAAUGUAUUUUUCAGAGUAUGGUCAUAAUUAUUUGUUCAAUAGUAGGUUAGAAUGUGAUUAGCGCAGAGCUGCGCAUCGAAAUACAAACGACUUGUUGGCGGAAAGAUAUUAGCCAGUUAAACUUAAUAGUAUAAUAGGACUUACAUAUUUAAAGCAUUCAUAAAUUGCCUUAACCGCAAAUAUACAGCCUCUGGGUUUCCGAUUGUCAAAGUCUUAUCAAAUAAAAUAAUUAUAUUGAAA